CAGCGUUUGUGCUCGCAGCUUAGGUGGUUUAGCUGCGCCCGCUGGAUGAGGGUUCGUCUGAGAGGGAAAUUAGCUUAAAGCCGGGCGACAUGGACGUUCUGAAGUCGGAGAUCCUCCGGAAGCGGCAGCUGGUGGAGGACCGGAACCUCUUGGUGGAAAAUAAAAAAUAUUUCAAGCGUAGUGAACUUUCAAAAAAAGAAGAGGAAGCGUAUUUUGAAAGAUGUGGCUAUAAGCCUGUAAGUGAGAAGCCAUCUGGAGAGAUACAGCCAAAAGAGGAGGACCAGAAACCAUCAACUUCAUCGAAUCCAGUAUUAGAACUUGAACUGGCAGAGGAAAAGUUACCCAUGACUCUUUCUAGGCAAGAGGUUAUCAGAAGACUGAGAGAAAGAGGAGAACCAAUCAGACUAUUUGGAGAAACUGAUUAUGACGCUUUUCAACGUUUAAGAAAAAUAGAGAUCCUCACACCAGAAGUUAACAAGGGAUUGAGAAAUGAUCUGAAAGCAGCAUUGGAUAAGAUUGAUCAGCAAUACCUCAAUGAACUUGUGGGUGGUCAGGAACCUGGAGAGGAAGACACACAGAAUGAUUUGAAAGUUCAUGAAGAAAAUACCACAAUAGAAGAGUUAGAGGCCUUGGGAGAAUCUUUGGGAAAAGGUGAUGAUCACAAAGAUAUGGACAUCAUUACCAAAUUCCUUAAGUUCCUUCUCGGUGUUUGGGCUAAAGAACUGAAUGCCAGAGAAGACUACGUGAAGCGCAGUGUGCAGGGUAAACUGAACAGUGCUACGCAGAAACAAACCGAGUCCUAUCUCAGACCCCUUUUCAGAAAGCUACGGAAAAGGAAUCUUCCUGCUGAUAUUAAAGAAUCCAUAACAGAUAUUAUUAAAUUCAUGUUGCAGAGAGAGUAUGUGAAGGCUAAUGAUGCUUAUCUUCAGAUGGCCAUUGGAAAUGCCCCUUGGCCCAUUGGUGUCACUAUGGUUGGUAUUCAUGCCAGAACUGGUAGGGAAAAGAUUUUCUCCAAGCAUGUUGCACAUGUUUUAAAUGAUGAAACACAGAGGAAGUAUAUUCAGGGAUUGAAGAGGUUAAUGACCAUUUGCCAGAAGCACUUUCCUACAGAUCCCUCAAAAUGUGUGGAGUACAAUGCUCUCUGAGACCUGUGUACAGUGUGUGGAUACUGCGAGCAACUUCAGGGAGCAUGGUACGGGCUUCUGGAACUUCCAGCAGGAACCAGGGAAGGAGGAAAAUGGAUUUUCUAGACUCUGGGUUCUCCCUAAUGAAGCUCUUGGUUUUAAGAAGUGUCUUGGCGCUCACAUCACACCUGACUGCAAACUGACUUCUGUCUUGCUGAUGUUUUAAAUAGUUGAAAAACUAAGUUCAAAAAGGCUCUAUCCCUAAUUUAAAUGUGCAGCCAGGGGUCACAGAAGGGGGUUUAAAAUGACUCUUUCCCUCGAGACCUGGAAGUUGCAGUUUGGUGAUUGAAAGGGUACAUUUGAGGGUGAACUUCAUUGUUUCUGUAAAAUAUGGUGCUUUCACACUGUCCUAUAUGUCAUAUUUUCAGAAAGUAUUUUUAUAUAUCUCCACGAAAAUAGGGAACCAUUUAACAAAACUUUAUAGUCCUUAAAUGUUACUGAACGUUUGCCAUCCUGAUAGAGAAUUUGAAUGUAAAUGUUGUUACGGUUGACUCAAGUGUUAUUUUUCUUGCAUUUCAAAACUUGCUUUUAUCUUCUAAGGAGUGGAAAGUUUUGUCUUUGUUAUCUCUUGGGACAGAGAACUGACAGGAAAUACGAGUCUGAGAAACAAAGAAGGUAUGUUACAGCAACAGAAGUUCAAAUUCAGUAGUCUCAGCACAUGCAGGUCCAGGUGGGGAAUUGGAGCGUCAAGCUAGCCAAGAACGGGGGCAUUUUGAUGCUGCUGGUCCUUCCUGGACUAGGACCGCCUGCAAGUUCCAUCCUUGUCAGACCCACGGUGGAUGGCUGUUCCCAGCUCCAUCCCUCCAAUCAGAAUAGAGGUGCCCUUGCCUUCAUCACUGCCGGACACAGUAGGCCCUGGGUCUGUUUUCCACAAAUCGGGACUUCUGAAUCUUGUGUUCUCACACCUGGGGAAUUGUGAUCAAUCACUGCGCUUUAGGAGCUGAGAGGACUUGGUUAAUAAGGGAAGUGGGUAAACAGAGUGUUUGUCACCUGUCCACGUACCAGGGGUGGUACUGGAUGGUGGUGAGAGUGGGGCUCUGUCCAAAGUCAGAACCUCCAGCCUCAAAUUUCAGCUCUCCACCUCCUGACCAUGUGGCCAUGAGUAACUUAAUUUUUCUGAGACUCAGUUUCCUUGUCUGCAAAUAGUAGUCAGUCACAGCAGUCCAUACCUCCUAGUGUCAUUGUUGUGUUUAAGCAAAAUGCUUAGCACACUGACUGGUAAAUAAGAGUUCAGUGGCUACGGGUUGCUGUGUCCCUGUUAUCCAAGUGUCUCUGGAGUAGCUGUCCGGAGCCCCGUGGUCAGGGGCAGUGGGUGCUCCCGGAAUGACAGUGGUGGCGUCCGCAGCAGCGGUGAUAGACACUCACUGAGCGUUUACUGCAUGCAGGUCCUACAGGCUUCCACUUUCCAAGCUUACGAGGGUGGAGGAUGUGGGAGCUGAGUCAGCUGAUGAGGCAGGUGAAUGUAGAUUCACAGUCCCCUAUUCUGGCCCUUUUGGGGAAGGCGUGAAAGCUGGUUUGGCUCCUUGUGGUCUGUGCCCAUGCCUGAGUUUCUGUUGGAUAUUUGCAUGGGUGGUGGCUGAGGCCCCCUGUCCUAGAUUGAGUCAGGUUCCUCGUCCCCCAACCCUCCCCACUUCUUACUCUGGAAACCAUGUCUUAGACUUUGCAAGGCUGAGACAACAGUCUUGACCAGCGAUUUUCUUGCAUGCUGCAAGAAUUUUUAAGACAUGCAAUACCUGAGUAUUUAGGCAGGGGUCAUGACCUUGUUUCCCUUAGGUUGUCAUAUUUAAAAAUAACAACAACCAACACAAUAGCCAUCUGGUGCAAAUGAAUCAAAAUAAUACCUGUGGCUUUUUGUUUUUCGUCAGAUUGGCAAAAGACACAUUUUAUGGUGUGCUGCAGAAUUUUAGUAAUUAUGUGUACCAUGAUAUGAAAAAGGUUGAAAAUUACUGAUCUGGACCUUUUGUUAUAUAGUCUUAUUGCGCAGGACUUGUUUAUACGUCCUGCUGAUUGAAGACUGCCCAUGUGGCUUCUGUGUACUCACCAGGCCACAGCAUGGAAGUCAGUCAUUUUCACACUGCCUUCUAUUUGCUGUUAACAUGCCACAUAGAGAAGAAAUGGCAUCGUGUGACAGUAGUGCCUUCUAAAAUUGAUCAGUAUGGAUAGAUAGUUUAAAAAAUACAUGCAGCCCUGGGAGGUGUGGAUCAGUGGAUUGAGUGCCAGCCUGUGAACCCAAAGGUUGCUAGUUCAAUUCCCAGUCAGGGUACCUGCCUGGGUUGCAGGCCAGGUCCCCAGUUGGGGGCAUGUGAGAGGCAACUGGUCACUGUAUCUCUUCCACACUGAUGUUCCUCUCCCUCUUUCUCCCUUCCUUCCCCUGUCUCUAAAAGUAAAUAAAUAAAAUCUUUUUUAAAAAAAGUAAUUGUAACAUA